CGUUUUUGUCCGAGUGCAAGUGCCUAUGCUGCUGCCGCCUGCCAGAUCUGGUUACAGGAAGCCGCUUUACACAGCUCCACCCGAGCAGAGAGCAGCGCUGGCGAACUACACUCAUGCUCAGGACUAGAUCACACACCAUGCUCUGGUGCCUCAGCGCUGUGCUCGUUUCGACAAAUGCCCACAAGCUGGGCCUCAGCCGCAGGACGGCCCUCGGUGCCGGCGUGAGCGCUGCGUUUGCAGCGCCCGCACACGCGGCGAGUGAAAAUUUCGUGAAUUUCGAGGACGGUACGAUCGGCCUGCGCUUCCAGUACCCCAAGGGCUGGCGGUGCCGCGGCACGGGUGCGCUUAUGGGGCUGGUGGCCGGCAACCGCGUGACGACCUGCACAGACGAGAGUGCGAAAGACGGCGCCGUCAUUGGUAUAGAGGCGCGCAUGGUGCCCGCGAACGACCAGCUCUAUGUCGACAUCGAAAAAGCACUCACCGAAACAGAUGUGAAGGAGAUGGUCGUGCCCCCGGGAACGCCCGCCGACGUCGCCGUGGCCACGAAGGGCGAGCGCAAGGCCUACGUGCUGACGAGCGAGCAGGCGCAACAGAAAGUGGUCGACGUCUUCACGGUCCACGCGGGCGAGGCUGGCCAGUACUGGGCCGUCACCGUGAGCGCCGCGGCGCCUGCACAAAAGUGGCCCGCGGGUUUAGACGGGGUCCUCGACUCGGUCGCGUUCUUUAGGCCCAAUACUGACACCCCCUUUAGGCCCGGGUAAUGGCUAC